AUGGUCGCUAUCCCUUCGUACUUACUGGCCUCGUCCACCAUCUCCAGUCUCGGCUCCAUUGUAGCCCGCCAUCCACUUCCAGCACCAGCACCAGCGCCCGCGCCCGAGCCAGAGCCUUCCAGCGCUGCCGAAUCGUCCAAAUCUGCUUUCGGCUCCGUGGUAGGGCCUCUAAUAUCCAGCAAUUUUGCCGAUCCGGCCAUCAUCCACGUUGAUGGCACUUCGUACGCCUUCGCAACAAAUAACAGAGGCAUCGGCGCCGAUCUUAUUCACGUGCAAGUCGCAACCUCGAUGGAUAACCAGACCUGGACGCUGUUGGAACACCACGACGCUCUGCCUCAGGUUGGAGCAUGGGAAACCGGUGUCCGCGUAUGGGCACCUGACGUUGUGCAAGUGGACGACGGCUCCUUCGUUCUCUAUUACACGGACGAAGUCGCAACUAGCAGAGCACACCACUGUAUCGGGGCAGCCACGUCGCAAUCGAUCUUAGGGCCAUACAAACCACUAGAUUCCCCAUUCGCCUGUCCCGACGUCCACACCAGAGGGGGAGCGAUCGACCCAGAUGGGUUCCAAGACCCAUCAACUAACAAACGCUACGUGCUGUACAAAACCGAUGGCAACUCCCUAGGCCACGGCGGCAGCUGCGGCAACACGGUCGCCCCAAUCAUGCCAACCCCGAUCAUGCUACAAGAAGUCUCAGCUCACGACGGCAUCUCACCGGUCGGCGCCCCGGUGCAGAUCCUUGAUCGCGACGUGCACGACGGACCCUUGAUCGAGGCGCCCUCGAUGCACCGCUCCGCUGAGGGCGUCUACUUCCUCUUCUACUCAUCCAACUGCUUCACGACCCCCCUCUAUGACGUCGCCUACGCGACCGCCACGGAGAUCCAUGGGCCCUACACGCGCUCCAACCGCCCGCUGCUGGCCAGCAGCGACGCCAACCUGGUCGGCCCCGGCGGCCUCGAUAUCAUCCGUGACGGCGACAUGGUUGUCUUCCACGGCCAUCUGACCGCCAACAACGAUCCUACCAUGAAGCACAAGGCUGAGACGAUUGCACAUGACACGAAUACUCCCGUCGCAAACGUCAAGCUCCCCCUCGUUCGGGGCCUGUGGACUGCAAAAGCUACUUUCUCCGGCGUCGAGAUCAGCUUGGCUUGA